AUGUCCGCCUUGGACGGUGCUGCCGCCAACCAUCGAGGAGGUCCAGCUUCCAUGCUCCAGUCGCGACGCUUUGACACCUAUGCGCAAUCUCCGACCUCGACUCCCUCCGCUCCCCGCAGACGACCACAGAAGAUGAGCCCGUACACAUCACCGCCGCAUGCCAAUGCCGACCUGAUGGCCUUCUCAACAGCGAUAGCCAGGCCGCGGGAGCCGACCGCGCGGCUAGCGUCGCCGCACUCGCAGGCAGUCGCGUCGUCGAACGGGGAUGAUGGGAUCGUUGCGCACCCUUACGCUGCGCCGCCCUCGAGCGACACAUUGCAAGCGCAGAUUGGAGGAUCGGCUGGCCGCCCCGUCGGGUCCGUCGUUGCACCGGUCAGCGGACUCCAGGUCCCGGGUACGGCGGCAGCAGCGGUGCCCCCUCUGGGCUCGGAGCUAUUCGAUGCCAUCGUCCAGGCGGCCGAUCCCCGUCACCCUGACCACGCCGCAUGGCAGGAGCGGUACGGCAGCCUGGCGAGCCGGUCUUCGCGCAACUCGGCCUCGAGCCAGUCCAAGAGAGAGCGGGUGGAGCAGCAGCGCACCGGCGCAUCUCCGGUUCCCAGCCGAGCUUCACAGGACCAGGGCCGGACCGAUGCCGCUGAGCCAUCCCGACGGAAGCGCGACUCCCUCAAGAGCGUGCGGCGAGGUCGCCCGGCGGUAUCGCAGCAUGCGGGCCUCCGCGAUUCGGACGCCGAGGACUCGUCGGAACCUUCCGAUGGUCUCGCGCACGGCGGCGAAGCGCCUGGCGCCUGUCGCAUCGGCAGGAUCGGGACGAGCGAGCACGGCUCGUCUCCGAGACUGGCGCGCUCCAGCUCGGGCGGAAGCGCCGCCAAGGCGAGGCGGAGGCGACGGCCAACGGACAAGGGCAAGAUGCGCGCACCACCGCUGCCCAUUCCGCCACCCAGAGUCACGAGCUCGACGCGGUGGCAAGCAACCUACGGCUCGCCCGCUCCAGACCAGCAACAACCGUGGCAGCCAGAACCUACUCCGCCUUUGCCUCCCCCUCACCCGGCCUCGACGUCCGUGGUCGGCUCUGCGCAACCAGCGCUGUUAGAGGGAGGCCGCCGGCUCGCCUCCAAGCCUCCAGCCGCGCUGCCUGGGCCCCAGCUGCCGUCGGGUCCGCACGCGCUGUCGGAACGCCACCGCCAGGCUCAGAGGAACACCCGUCCGCUCCCUCCUCUGCCCACAGAGCAUGUGUCUUCGCCGACGUCGAGGACAUUUGCGGUCUCGGCCGGCAAGCCCGCUUCGUUCGCUGACCCGGCAAGCCCCAGCAGCAUCUCGUACAGCCACCACGCGGCGAGCGCAUCGCUUGGCCAUUCCAACAACAGUUCCGUCUCGGUGCCAGGAUCCAGCUCCUUCCACACUCCGGCCACAGCCGCCACCUGGAACGAGGCGGGACUCAACUCACCCACGUCCGCCGGCGACUCGGAUCGCAGGCCCCGUGGCCGGACAAAGACGCUCGAAAAGGGCUUCUUCAGCUUGCCUCGUUCCAUGUUCAACCACAAGCCGUCGCAGCGAUCCCUCGACGCUGACGCUCGCUCGCCGACUUUGAGCCCGCCCUCGCCGAUGGUGCCAUCGCGUCCCAGCUACGACGCCGGCAGCGGUCGCCUCAAGUCGGUGUCAAAGAUCCAGCAGAUCUUCGGCAACGAGGUGGUCCAGCCCGAGCCCACGUCGGGGCCUGGCAGCGCACGGAAAACGUCGAUGCAGGUCCCGCGGGUCCCCGUCCCUUCGCUCCAUGCGCCGAACGAUCCUCAACGGGCCCGCCAGCGCAGCAUGGACGUCGUGAGGACGCUUGACCAGCGCGUCUUUCCGAUGCGUGGGGACGAGGAGUUCCGCUCCAACGAGUUCGAGAUGUCCGACAGCGAAGAUGGCAUGGACGUCGAACCAGGCGCCUCCUUUCUGCCCACCAGCUUUGCCUCGUCCCCAGCGGCUCGGCCCAGUCCACGACCGGGCUCCCGUGCGCCUGGCGUCGUUCGGCGUAGCCUCGACUCUAUCAUCUCGCCGUUCCGGGCAGGCCUCGUCAGCAACUCCAAGUCAAAUCGCAGUGCCGGCCCGCUAGAAUCUGUCGGGCCGAUCCACGGUCCCAAGUCGCCGGAUGUCGGACGUCAAAGCAUGGACACCGCCAGGGAAGGCCGGCGAAGCAUGUCCGAGUCGCGGCUCGUGCGUCCUUUCCUACGGCAACGUCCGACCAAGGCCGGCGGCCGGCCACUCAGCAGGGUGACCGACGGUCCCGAGCCCGCCGGCGACGAAGUGCUGCCACCGGCCAAGACACGAGGCCACGGCGACUAUGGCGUCAUCGACAGCGACAACGAGGACGGGCACGAGUGGCGUGCCCAGCACUACGAUCCGCGGUCGUCGACCCUGGUCGACCCCGGCCAUGCCGCCGGUCCCAACGGGCACCGCUCGGACGCUGCGCCGACACCCAGGCCGACCUUCGCCGAGGCCUUCAGCGGCGACGCCGGCGCCACGGGGGGCGUCCAAAGGCGUGGACACGAGCGGCUGCUUCCGGCGGCGGAGCUGAACGAGCGUCGCACCGAACAUCGCCGCCUUGGAGCCGAGCCGAGUGCUGCGAUGCACUCGCGCUCCGCAACGUCGCUGCGGGAGGCUGCCAUGGGCGACGAGAGCACGCUGAGGUCAGCAAGUCGACAAGCACCUCGCCAUCUCAAGGCGUCGAGGGAGGAGACGAGGAUGCCGUCUUCUCCGGCCAUCCCGAACGGGUUCACCGACCUCUCCUCCGAGGACAAGAAGAAGAUCCUGGCGCAGAACACCUACUUCCUCCCCACGAGGGAGUCGCGCUCGCGGCCGCCAUCGGCCAAUGGGUCCUCGAACGCCCACGGAAACGGUGCGCCGAAUUCCGAGAGCCAGCACAGCGGUUUGCUCCACGGCUCGCUAGCCAGCGCCAGCAGCUGCCGAAGCCUCGCCAGCUCCUAUACCCAAUCGACAUCCGCAGUGCAUAUGGCUACGCCCCACAGCACCAACGAGCUCAGCUUCGACAGCCUAUCCAAGCAGUCGGCGACGCCCACCUCGCAGUCUCGCGGCAGAUUCGCCGGGCUCUUCUCGCGGGUUAAGGGCACCCUGACACCGGGCAAGACGCCCCCGAGCACCUCCUUGUCCAGCUUCAACUCUCCGGUCAGCACCAACAUCAUGACGCCGAGCCAGAGCGUCGAGGCCGGCUUCUCCCACUCUGCCAGACUGCCGCAGGCGGACAGGUUUGAGAACCGCUCCGGGGACCCCAGCCCUCCGCUCGGAUCAGGCGUCAAUGGCUCACCUGCCGGUCUCGGCUUCCGCUACGAGGCCGAAGAGGCCAAGGGCAGCAAGAAGAAGCAGGACUUCCCACGCCGCCUCAGGGCCAAGUCGCUCGCCUCGGGCCGGAAGAAGGGCAAGUCACCCGGCCUCGACGGUCCCGAGAACUUCGAGACGUUCAUCUCGACCAUGCGACCGGGCGAGAAGAUCUCGACGCUCGACGAGGACUGGCGGCGGAAGCUGCUAUCGGAGGCCGUCGACCUCAGCUUCGGCAAUCGACCACUACAGCCGACCCCACCUGUUCGGUCACCCAGCUCACAGGACCUCGAACACGCCGCCGCUGUCGUCGUUCCGCAGUCGCCAUCGGCCGCCGAGACGUCGCCGGCGCCCCCCUCGGACGGUCAGGCGCCUGAGCAAGGUCCGAGGAGCCUCGGAAAGCUUCUGCGCAAGAAGAAGACGGCCGAGAACCUCGACGAGCUCAUCCAGAGCUUUGUAGCGACGCCUCCGAAGAUGUCGCAUCUCGAUGUCGCUGAAGAGGGGGCGCCUCGACCUUCCAUGUCUUCGGUCCGCGGGUUCGAUGUGGCGGACCCGGACGAGGGGCUGCGUGUGGCUGGCAGCUCCGCUCCACUCACCAUCCGCAAGACGCUCAGCCCGGCGCUCCUCAGCGACACCGUCGAUGCGCGGCGCGACAGCAUGCUCGAGGCCGGCAGCGACGAUGGCAGGGCGUCCCCUCGCGCAGACGACGCCGACGACUUUGCCGAGGUGCUGCAGUCGACGACGAACUCCCCCAAGGUCGACGACACAGAGGUGCUUGCCGAGCGCGACGACGACCGCGAUGCCGUCCAGGCACCAAUGCGGCGCUUCAUCCGCCGCCACGCCUCGAUUGACCGGCUCUCGCGCGUCGAUGAGACGAGCGUCAAGGAUUCUCUAUCGAACGACAGCACCGACAGCUCAUCGGCCCGGCCCUCGCUCUCCGUCCCGGUCAGUCCGCUGCCGCGGUCCUUUGGCGAGCACCGACAGAUCCGCCGCAGCAUCAGCGGCACGCUGCAGCCGCCGACCGUGCCGCGCGCGCUGGAGCUGGGCGGCGCCACUCCAGGCCGCUACGAGUACGGCAAGCGCAGCAUGGACGUCGGCCGUCCGCGCAACCUGGACCAGCUCGUCCUCGGCGCGAUGCAGCCUCAGCCGUUCCCCAGCGAGGCAUCGCCCCUGCCUUCGCCAACGGUGCAGUUCCAGGAGACCAAGAGUCCGAGGAAGAUGAGUUUCGGCGACAGCCUCUCGCCGGCCUGGUCCCGGCCCUCGUUCAACAUCCAGCGCAGCGGCCGCACCUCGUUCUCCCAGGACCGCGACCGCGCCCCUGUGGCUAGCCCGAUCAGCCCGCCCAAGAACUACGGUUCAAAGUCGCCUGCCCUCGUGCAGGCCAUGAAGAAGCUGCGCGUCCCCGGCAAGCGCAGCAAGUCGUUCAGCAAGGGCAUCGGUCCCGGCGACGUCAUCAUCCCCGAUUUCGACGACUACGACUUUGACGAGUACGAUGACGGCGGCGCCUUUGAGGGCUCGCGGCCCUCGAUGAACCUGGCACGGCCGAGCAUGAGCGGCUCGCGUCCGAGCAUGAGCGGCGCACGGCCGAGCAUGAGUGGCGUGCGGCCGAGCAUGAACCUGGCCAGGCCCAGCGUCAAUCUGGAGCGCAAGAGCUUCGACACGUCGAGUGCCGGCGCCGGUCGCAGCAGCCUCGCCUCCGCCGAGAUGAUGACCCGGCUGCUGCAGGUCCACACCGACGCCAUGGUCGCCACGCCUCUGACGGCCACCUUCCCGCACGAGGCCUCAGAGAUGCCCGGCUCGGCAUCUGCUGCAGACGCCGGGAUGGCCUCGGAGACGGACGCUUCGGUGCACACGGCGGCCGAGUACUCGGCAGACAGCAUGGUCGGUCUCGGUAUCGGCACGCUCGCCGAACUGCCCAACGCCUCCAGGCCCAGCCUCUCUGCCUCGACGUCCAAUGGCGAUCUGCGCGGCCUGAGAAUUGCAGACGGCCACGGCAACAAUCUGCUCAAGACGCCCGACGCUGCGUCGCUUAAUGGCAACGGCUUCGUCUAUGUGCCCAAGACGCCGGAGCUGAUGGCGUUCGAGGACAUGCUGGGCCGGUUCGGCCAACGGGAAAAGGAGCUGCUCAAGGACAUCUCGUCCCGCGUGGGCACGACGCCGGCACAGACGCCCGGUCUCGGCCACGGCGACGGCCAAAAGGACUACGACUUUGGCGCAUUGGCCAAGGCCAAGACGGAGGCUGCCAGCAGCGGAAGCGGCAGCACAACGAGCUCCAAGAAGGCGGCUGGAGACGACCUCAACCACCACGCUCCUUGA